AUGUCAUCGGCCAAAACCAUGUUACUAGUGAUCAUUGUUGUUACUGUGGUGUCCUUAUAUGCUGAUGCCUAUGAUCCCGAACCUUUACAGGAUUUCUGCGUUGGUGUAAGUGACAAAGACGCUACCGUUUUCGUGAACGGCAAGAUCUGCAAGAAUCCAAACACUGUCACCGCAGACGACUUCUAUUUCUCGGGCCUCAACAGGCCCGGCAACAUAACGAACCCUUUCGGGACAGUGGUGACUAAAGUAUUCGUUGAUGAGAUGCCCGCUCUCAACACUCUCGGCGUAGCCGUGACCCGCAUCGACUACAAUCCCCACGGAGCCAACCCGCCCCACUCCCAUCCCCACGCCUCCGAAAUCCUGAUGGUGAUGGAGGGCACGCUCUACGCGGGCUUCAUAUCCACCAACCCAGCCAACCCUUACGAUAAGAACAAGCUCUACGCAAAGGUCCUAGGACCGGGGGACCUUUAUGUGGUCCCCAAGGGACUCGUGCAUUUUCAGUACAACCUCGGGAAUACUAAAGCGCUUGCGUUCGCGUGCUUUAGCAGCCAAAAGCCUGGACUCGUGACGAUUUCAAAGGCGAUAUUCGGGUCGGAGCCUUUGGUUCACCCGGAUCUUCUCGCCAAGUCCUUCCAGAUGAGCCGUAAAGAGGUUGAUCGUUUACUAUCCUUGGAGUGGAUCGGGAACUCCUUGCCACAAAGAGGUUAA